GCUCCGGGAGCGGCUGCAGCCGCGUACGCAGUUUCCAUGGGGACUGAGGAUGGCGCCGCGAGGUGAGAUUCUGGAGGUAAACGGUUGUCCUCCACCCCCCUGGAAAUCCUGUUCUUUCUGAACGGGUGGUAUUAUGCUACCUAUUUCCUACUGGAACUGUUCAUAUUUCUGUAUAAAGGUCUCCUGCUACCAUAUCCAAUAGCCAACCUAGUACUCGAUGUGGUGAUGCUCCUCCUUUACCUCGGAAUUGAAGUGAUUCGACUCUUUUUUGGUACAAAGGGAAACCUCUGCCAACGAAAGAUGCCACUUGCUAUUAGUGUGGCCUUGACCUUCCCAUCUGCCGUGAUGGCCUCCUAUUACCUGCUGCUGCAGACCUACGUGCUUCGCCUGGAAGCCAUCAUGAACGGCAUCUUGCUCUUCUUCUGUGGCUCAGAGCUGCUGCUUGAGGUGCUCACCCUGGUCGCUUUCUCCAGUAUGGACAAGAUUUGAAGUACAGAAAUGUCAGCCAGCAGCCCUCUGUGGCUGAGACCACUCAUACUUCUGGUACUUUAGCCACACCAGUGAGAAAUCUGGGUCACCUGGUCCUGGGGGAAGUUGCAGCUUUUCCUCAGCACAGAUGUUUUGGGCAACAACCCAAGCGUAAGGCCACCGGGCACCAUCUUCUAAAUAGGACCAUCAGCCUGAGAGACUCUUCUACACUCCAGUAUAGGGAGGGGCACGGCUGUCCCCCUCCUGGCCAUUCUCAGAACCCAUUCCCUGCUGACCUCAGUUCUCCUCUUUGAUCAUCGUGGCCAGAGCAUCUGUGUGGACCAUGUGGGCGCCUUGGGCUCCCGGCAGGACCUGAGCCACACCCCCUGUACCCCGUACACGCUGUGCCACACCUGUCACGCAGGAGCACCGAAAGCCUUGGGAUGCUGUGCUCCGAGUGAUGCAAACGCCGCAUACCCUUACUCUUCAGAGACUGAGCUCCAGUACUUUUUUAGUAACUCAUAGUGUUAUUUUCCUAUUCUCAUCAUGAAACAGACAUUAUUUUGUAAUAAAUAUAUAUUUUCUGUUG